AUGUGUUUGCCUUAUGGAUGUUUGAAAUGCUUCGUAUAAUUGGAGGGCUGGUUAACUUUCGUGAUUGGAAUUUUAGCAAUUGUGGCUGCUAUAAUAGUGACAGUAAUAUAAAAGAGCUUCGAUGAUGCGAUAAAAGAUCUUGGGAUAACGGAUAUAAACACUAGCGCUAUAAUUGUGCCUUUUUGGAUAUUUGCAGCAGUUGUGAUAUUCUUUGCAAUUAGUGGUUUAUGUGGAGCAAAACAUAGGAGUAAAUGCUUGUUGGCAAUCUUUAAUUUGGGAAACAUUUGUUUGUUUUUAGCUUUCUUAAGUCUUUCCAUAGUAGCCUAUGUGAUUGGGUCCUUUUUUGAUGUCUCAAAUUGUUCCAACAGUUCAAAUGAAUUAUAGAUUGAGAAUUUAUACAAAAUGUCAGAAUCAACUCUUUGCAAAUCAUCAUGCGAAUGCUAUUAUUCAGAAAAAAUGACUAAAGAAGUGGAGUUAGCUGUAAAAAGUUACUCAGCAACUGAUAAAACAAAGCCAACAAGAGUAUAAGAUUGUCCUGGAUUCGAUUCGAAAUAUAAAACAUAAGCAGCAGCUCUAUAAUUGAUGGAAGAGAAAUGGUAAUGUUCUGGGUGGUGUACACCAUACCCUAUUUAAUAAUUCAAUGAUGUUAAUUCAAAUGUGAAAAACCAUAACUAUCCUUGUUACAAAGGAAUGAUUGAAUAUUUUUAAAAUAUGUUCACCACAACAGGCUCUAUACUAUUCUCUUUAGCAGCACUUUUUGGAGUAAUGGUCAUCUUAACUUGUUGUCUUUGCUGUCAUCCACAUAAUAGCAACAAAGGGUCAGAUUAUUAUACAAGAUUAGCAUACACAGCAGACUCAUGAGUUUAUUCAUUUUUAUGGAUAUUAUUAUAUAAAUUCAUAAAAUCAAUUGGUUUUA